AUCGUGGCUGUCACUCACUGGCUUGCUCCCAUUGAGCCACUCCCUUGUCGUGCCGCCUCGCGACACGCUGUAGCUCCCUGGAUUGAUUCCGACCCUGCCUCCCUUGAGCUUGAGGCCAGCACUCCCCAUCUCCAGUUAACGCUUCCACCCUCCAUUUCAACUAAUACGGCCGACGCGUCUCUGUAGCUCGCUCCCUCUGAUUUUGAAAUUCUCUGUACUGUAGCUCGCUCGAUCUAUUCAUCUUCAUCUUCUCUCGUCGCGUUCCGUCCAGUGGUAGAUAGAUAGCUGAUAGCUCUUGUAUUGCGGGGAGACACAAGUGAGGAUUUCCUAUUCUUGUCCUGCCCUUAAGGGGUCAGUAAAAAAUCAUUAAAUUUUAUGAAAUCUUCGCAAACAUCUUUUGCCAGCCACAAACAUGUGCCCUCCUUCCCAUCCUCAAGAUCUUCUCUGCCAUGGAUAUCUCCCCUUCAAUUUACAAAAGCUGCUGCUCGUAAGCCAGAUCCUCCCCCUGAAUUCAGCAUCAGUCCCACCGAAACUGGGAGGAAAUACAAGUAUAUCUCUCAUGAGUCUGCCAUCAGCUUGAUCAAACGAGAGAAAGAUCCGCAACAUGCCUUGAAGAUAUUUAAUAUGGUAGCAGAGCAAAAGGGCUUCAACCACAAUAAUGCUACAUAUGCGACAAUUCUCCAAAAACUUGCACAGUGCAAAAAAUUUCAAGCUAUUGAUCUUGUUCUGCAUCAAAUGAACUAUGAAACUUGCAAAUUUCAUGAAGGUAUAUUUAUUAACCUCAUGAAGCAUUUUUCACACUUCUCUCUGCAUGAAAAAGUGCUCCAAAUGUUUUUCUCCAUCCAACCAAUUGUUCGUGAAAGGCCCUCUGCUAAAGCCAUCAGCACUUGCUUGAAUCUCCUGGUGGAAUCAAAGCAGAUUGAUUUGGCUCAACAGUUGCUCUUGCAUGCCAAGAGGAGUCUAAUUCAUAAGCCAAACACCUGCAUAUUUAAUAUCUUAGUGAAGUACCACUGCAAAAGUGGAGAUCUUGACUCUGCCUUUGAAAUUGUCAAGGAAAUGAGAAGUUCUAAAUUGUCUUACCCUAAUUUAAUUACAUACUCAACCCUGAUGGACGGCCUCUGUCAAAAUGGAAGACUCAAAGAAGCUUUUGAACUCUUCGAGGUAAUGGUAUCUAAAGAUCAAAUCUUGCCUGAUCCCCUAACUUAUAAUGUUUUGAUUAAAGGAUUGUGUUGUGGAGGCAAAGCUGAUCGUGCAAGAAACAUAAUUGAAUUCAUGAAAAGCAAUGGAUGCAGUCCAAAUGUAAUUAAUUACUCAACCUUGUUGAAUGGCUUAUGUAAGGAGGGGAAAUUACGGGAGGCAAAGGAAGUAUUUGAUGAGAUGAAGAGCUCUGGUUUGAAACCUGACAUUGUAAGCUAUACUAUUUUGAUCAAUUUCUUAUGUAGGAGUGGACAAAUUGAUGAGGCUAUAGAGUUUCUUAAAGAAAUGAAGGAGAAUGAAUGCAAAGCCGACAUUGUAACCUUCAAUGUGAUACUUGGAGGGCUGUGCAGAGUAGAAAGGGUUGGGGAGGCACUUGAGAUGCUCAAAAAACUUCCCCAUGAGGGUGUCUAUCUGAACAAAGCUAGCUACAGGAUUGUGCUAAACUUUUUAACCCAAAAGUGUGAGUUGAAAGAGGCAAUAAGAUUAUUAGGGCUAAUGCUAGAUAGGGGUUUUCUACCUCAUUAUGCUACUUCAAAUGAACUGCUAGUACAUCUAUGUAAGGCUGGAAUGGUUGAUGCUGCUGUUAUGGCACUAUUUGGAUUGGUAGAGAAGGGAUUCCAGCCAAGGCAUGAUUCAUGGGGAUUUCUGAUUGAACUAAUCUGCAGAGACAGGAAGUUGUUGUAUGUAUUUGAGCUGCUUGAUGAAUUAGUAAUGGCCGAUUCCUGAAUUUUAGAAGCCAUGACAAAAUAGACUGUUGAUUAGGCUCAUUUCAUUCUGGAUUUAGACCUUUUAAUGUGAAAGUUGGUCUUCGACAUUUAAAGUUUCCUUUGGAAGCUCACUCUUUUAAAUGUUAAAUUCCUUUGGCCAUGUGGCACCUCCACUGAUCGUGGCAAGACAGUGUUGCUGCAUCAGGAGUGUGAAUUCCCUCUAGACCAAAGAGAAAAAGUUUUUGACCUCAACAAUAUGAUGGUUGUAAUUGAUGAAUAAGGUAAAAGUCUAGUUUUAUAUC